AUGCCUCUCCCUACUGCUUCAGUUGGCGAUGGAUGGUUCACCUUCCAGAACCUUGGCCCUGCCACCGCAACUUUCACCCCAGCCCCUAGCUGCUCUGCUUCAGACAGACUGCAGAUCGGCGUAAUUCGGUCUAAUUACGCUGAGGCAAAUUGGAAUGUUCAAUGCUCCACGACGGGCUAUGAAGAUUGUCUCCCACCUACCACAACCACUACAGCCCCGGCAACGACGUCAACCGGCUAUGAAGAGUUCUGGGGCUAUGGAGCAUACUACUCCCCGGGUCUGAACUGCCCCUCCGGAUGGGAAACUAUUGGCCUGGCCGCUCGGGAUGCGAACCAAACCCUCAGCUACUCUGGCAUUAUGGUUCCCACCACAACGACUGCCGGGUACUAUAGAGAAAAUCAUGCCACUAUCCUUGCCAAUGUACUUGAAUCCUCCGAGACUAUGGCCCUUUGCUGCCCAAGCGCUAUGACCGCAGAUGGUAUGGGCGGAUGCUACUCCGCGGUCCCAGACUACAAGCCCACCGUCGGCUGCUACGUCUACACGACCGCGCCGUUUAGCUACCAGAUUUCUUCCGUGGUCGAGACUCGUCAUGGAGCCGCCAGCACUUUCCUCGUUGAUAUUCCGGAAUAUGGCGACAGCGUUACCAAGACUUAUUCGAGAACCUUCAACCACAGGGAGCAGAGCAGGUAUACUGGUAUCUCCUACGUUCCUAUGGUGACUCUUGUGCACCACCAGUCCGAUACACAGCCAACUGCUACCAGAAAUGCUACGGCCGCUACUAGUACUUCGACUACUACGUCGAAUGCUGCCGGGCGACUGGCCCCUCGGUCUUCUACUUGGGACGGAUUGGGUGCUGUCGUUGGUAUUUCUGCCGCCGCCAUGGCAUUGGGUGCUGCUAUCCUUUUCUAA